AUGCCGGCCGCUGCUGACCUCUUCGGCGCUGCUGGCGACCGCCAUGAAGGCGAUGAUGAUGAUGACGAUGGAGCACUACCCCCUGAACUACCUGAAGAAGGACUUCAUGGUGGAGAUAGCUUCAACGAGCCGGAUGAUGAAACCGGUGACACCUACCCCGAGGACGAUGACGAGGACCUGGCUGAGGCCUACGGCACUGGACCUCCUCGAGGACUUCGUCUUGGUCGGAAUGGGCCCCGUCAGAGCCCCUCUGCUCCCCGAGCGUCCGGCUCAGGAGCAGGCAGUUCGCCUUCGAGCACCCGUUCGAAGGCAGCUCAUGAGGAUGGAGGACCACGACAUCGACCACGAGGCAAUCUGCCUCAGGCCCCGGCCUUCGAUGGAGACCGGAAGAAAGAUGUCAAAUGCUUCAAGCAUUGGGUGCAGAAAGUCGACUCGUACAUCGAGAUCGCCAAGAAGAUCAUCGACGACUCGGAGAUCGGACUUCGCCUCCAUGCUGCAUUAGAAGGUGAUGCAGCCGAGUACUUGGAAGACGUGCCUGCCCGCACGUUUGGAGUCCCUGAAGGCUGGCGCAUCCUCAUCCACGUCCUGCAGGAGAAGUUCGACGAGAAGAGGAUGCACAAGGUUGGCUCUGCAAUGCGUGGCUUCUUCCGGAUGACCGUCAACGACAAGAGCAGGACCCUAGCUGAAGUUGGCGACAUGCUGGACAAGGCUGCGAGGCAGUGCAAGGAAGCCGGCUUGGUGAUCCCCGACGAGAUCAUGACCUACAUGUUCUUCGAGCACACCAAUAGCAGCUUGGAGCGACAGGCCAACAUCCUGUUGCGGACCGGAGGCGGCUAUGAGUGGAAGAAGAUCAAGGCCGCCGUGGACCUCCUCUACCCUCAGACCUAUGUCAACGCUCGCCGUGGCGCUUUUGACCAAAACACUGGUCGCGGCUAUGGCAAGUCAAGGACAGCACACGAGACUCAGGGCCACUGGGAUGGCAAUGAGACCUACGACACCGAGGUCGACCUGGAGACAUGGCUGGAGAAGGAAGACCCCGUUGAGACCUUGGCGGACGCGGACGUCGAGUACCUCCCCGAGGACCUUGCCCGACAGUUGCGUGAGGUGUUUGCUACACACCGUGAGAACAGGCAGAAGCUGGCACAGGCUGUGAAGGCCAGAGGCUUCUACCUGAAGAACAGCCACGGCAAGGGCCGCGGCAAAGGCUUUGGUAAGACCAAGGGCAAGGGCAAGGGCAAAUCUACAUCCUCUCCUUCGACUUCGCGACCUUCCAAGGGUUCUUCGAGCUCUGGCAAGGGCAAGGCCCGUGGCAUGAGCCUGGAUGAACUCAAGAAGAUCACCACUUGUGGUGAUUGCCUGGAGCAGGGUCACUGGAAAGGUGAUCCACAGUGCAAAGGUCCCAAGAAGGCGCACGAGACCAGUAACUAUGACCUCGACUAUGAGGACGCUGCAGAGGGCUGGGACGAUGCCUUUUGGGAUGGAUGGCAGGAAGAUGAAGAACACCAGCGUGAAGGUUGGAUGACUGGUGGCGGCUACGACCAGAACGAGCUCUACAGCCAGAAAAUGCCAACUACUUCGUCUCCUAAGUCUUCCGACUACAAUGCACAGGCGAAGCCAACAAGUUCGUCAACCGUCUACCGCACUCAGAAGGUGGACAAGUCCGACAUCAAGUUGGAAGCCCAAGACGCCUUGGAAGUGGUGCGAGACAUCAACCGCAUGAAGCGGAAGGUUCGCUCAGCCGAGCCAGAUCCGACUGGCGAAGGGCAGAAGACCGAACCAUCCAAGGCUGCAUCCGUCCUCCUGGCCGAGCAUGCCCGCAGCAAGGACAAGCCCUUCGACGUCUUCACCGCGACGGCAGAGGUGCAGAAGCGCAUGGAUGAGAAGCGGAUGAAGGCUCGCGGCCAUGCAUCGACCGCACCGGAGGCCAUCAAGGAAGCACGAGAACGUCUUGGACUCCCUCAAGCAGAUGACGACCUUGGCUUCUCAGUGUGGGAUUUACUACGCCCACCGUCUUCCUCCUCGGCAACCUCGGAUGUCGACUUGGACAAGCUACGAGUGGUGCUGACAGUCAAUGCGGAGAGACCACAUCGCGAAGUACCAGCACACGGACUUCCUGGAGAAUGCCUACCUCGAGGCCUUCCACACGAUCGACCUCUACCUGUUCACAUGGUGCAGUACUCCCCCAUUGACUAUGACAUCACCUCGGACGAGGACGACAUGACAGAGAUCACUUGGUGCAACCCUCGUGGCGCAUUGAGCAACACGAGAAUGAGGCCUACCGUGCAGAAGAACGGCGCCUACCUCACCAUUGACACUGCAUGUGAGAACACCGUUGGUGGCCUCACCCAGCUCCGACAUGUCGCGGAGAUCUUGCAGCGCAAGUUCGAAGUCCGGCCCCUGAUCACUGAGGAGAAGGAAUCCUACAGGUUCGGUCCUGGAGAUCCUCGCACCUCACUUCACCGUUGGCACGUGCCGGUAGGCAUCGGUGGACGACCGACAGUGAUCAAGACGUCCACUCUGGACGACACGGACCCCAACAGCGGCAAGAUCCCCUGGCUGGCUGGACAAGACUGGCUGAGGCUCGUUCGAGCCGUGAUCGACGUUGGAGAGCAGAAGAUCUACCUCAAGGCCUUAGAUGCCGCUGCGGAUCUUUUUGUAGACCACACCGGACAUUUGGUUGUGGCAGUUGAUGAUUUUCCGGCUGCAGGCUGGCCACAAGACCGCACAGCAUGCCAUGACGGCUACGCUGGAGUCCUUUGGGCCACAGGAAAAGUCUAUAUGCAGCCCUCCAACGUGAGCACCCAUGUCUACAACCCUGAGGAUGAUCCCUUCUCUGAUGGCGUAAUCACUAUGAGGAUCACCAUCAAGCAUGGGUCUAACAAAGAGUUGGUGGACACUUGGGAUGACACCCCUCAAUCUGAAGCACCUUGGACGGGCUACACCAUUCUCUUCGGCCGUGACUGCGACUCGACGCUCGACAUUCAUGCAGUCAUGAAGCCCUGGCAACCAGCUGGUGUAGAUGUGAAAGCUCACGUCCCUGGCGACCACGAGACGCAGCAAUGGGGACGCUUGGUGCGCAGCCUCCUGACCUACAUCCACGUGGUGCACAAGAUGGUGGCUUCAACGAAGGCGGUGAGAGAGUUGAAGUAUCGCUCACCGGCGCUGAUGGGCUAUGCCGAGGCUCUGGUCGAGAUGGAUGCGACCUACAUGGAGGACCUUCCACCGGCUUUGCCACCGGCAACGACCUUGGCUCGCGGACAGACACCCCAUCCGAUGAACCUGCACUACCGGACUCAGCCGGACAGAUGCCCACACCUCCUCGAACAUGGAAGGAGGUAUGGAAACGCCCAUGGCAAGUUUUUGGAGUGCGUCAACUGUGGGAUGGUGUGGCGCGGCUUGGACUACACGAUCCCGCUGAAGAAUGAGCUGGUGACCGUGUACAAGGUCUUGGUGGGAGUUCGCGAUCGACCAGGCGGCAAGGUCAUCAAGGGCGCGACAGCACGCCCGGAACCUUCAAUAAAGGCUUCAUCCAGCAAAUCCUCUGGCUACUCGUCUUCCUCGCGACAUACGUCUACGGAGAUGGCCUAUGGAGCUCCGGACUUCAAGGACAUCAAGGCCAAGGCGAAAGCCAAGGUGAAGGAAGAGAAGAAGCCCACUGGCAUGAAGAAGACUUCGACCAGAGUGCCCGUGGUCUACUCGCUAGAUGAACCUCUUCAAGCCCAUAAGCUGAAGCCUGGACAACAGAAGCGGAUGAAGAACAUGGCCCGGCAAGCUUUGUCAUCUUCGAAGUGGCAACAGAAGAUGGUGAUGCAGAAGCUUCAGAAGUCCAAGUGGCCACGUUCCAACUUCCGAUUCGACCUCAUCGAAGUGUUUGGUGGAUCUUCCAUGGUCACGAUACGUGGCACCACCUUGUGGAGGAUGAGGGCGCUUCAACCCUUGGACAUCCGGUACGGUGUGGAUCUUCGGCAAAGAUCAAUGAGGAGAUGGCUGCUCCAGAACCUCAAGAAGACCCCGGUUCGCUUGGCCAUCGUGGAGUACCCCUGCACACCGUGGACCAUCCUGCAAAGGAACGUCAACUAUAAGGACAAGCCCGAGGAGUUGGAAGCUCGACAAGAACGUGACCGACCCUUCUUGAAGCUGACGGAGGACAUCUUCUCCGUCCAGGCUGGCAGCCCUAUGAUGAAGCGGGUUCGCUUCAUCGCCACUCACUCCUACUUCAUUGAAGAGCUGGACGCACAGUGCGAUGGCUCGCACCAACAUGAACCCGUUCAAGGUUCCAAUACCGCAGCCUCAGCAUGCUACCCACCUUUUCUGGCAGACGCCAUUUGUCGCGCCUUCUGGAGAGUGGUUGAGCAGGAAGACUUUGGCACCCAGACCUUCAACGAGGAGGAGAACUAUAAGACGGCUUGGUUCGUGGACGCGGACAAGUCCGAGGACAAGUGGCGGCCCUUGUUUGAAGAGGCCAUGGAGGUCUUGGGUCGCAAGAACCAAGGCAGCAUUUUUGUGCCGCCGGAUUCACCUCUCUAUGCCAAGAUCUCGGCAUUGGUUCCUUGGCAAAUCAUGAACAUCCAGUUGGCACACCUGCCAAAAGCGAAGCGAGUUCGACCUGGACUAGAAGAAUGCCAUCGUUGCUCGGUGCUACUACAUGCAGAUGAUUCACUCACAGCAGAACCCGCUCCUCAACAAGAACCUCUAAGGCAAUCAGUGCAAGCCGACCCGACAGUGGACCUGGAAUCGCCAAUACUGACCAAGCAGUCCGUUGGUCCACCUCUCAACAACAAGCAGAAGAAGUUGGCCCCAAUACUGGCAAAGCUGCACAAGAACUUGGGCCACCCUUCACAAGCCGACCUGACGAGGGCCUUGAUCCAAGAUGGAACAGUUGAGCCCGAUGCGAUUGAACUUAGUCGCAGGUUGAGAUGCGCUACCUGCGAGAGAACCAAGAAGCCUGGAAUACCAAGGCCCACCUCGUUCAAGGUCAUUGGCUCCUUUAACAGCAAGCUCUGCCUGGACUUUGUCUAUGCCCCGGAUGCCAACAAGGACAACUUCGCCUUUUUGCACAUCCUGGAGCCCAACGGUUCCUUCAACGUGUUUUGGCCAUGCCCCACACGAGAGCCUGGCCAGAUCUUCGACCUGGUGACCUUGUUGUGGUGCUCCUGGGCAGGCUUUCCCAAAGAGCUUUGGAUUGACCAGGACGGCGCUUUCCAAGGCGAGUUUGCAGAGCGCAUGAGGAACAUGGGAGUCAACAUAGACUGCCCCCCUGCUGAAGCACAUUGGCAAGUGGGACAGAUCGAGGCAUAUAACCGUGCUUUCCAACACGUAGCCUCCAAGCUUGUGGAUGCUUUGAACCUCGCUGGAGAGCGAGACAUGCGCACUCUAGCUUGCGCCGUUUGCGCAGCCAUGAACGACCGGAUACGGAGCGCGGGAUGCUCUGCCUACCAAUGGGUGUUCGGCAAGAGUCCUGUCCUGCCACAGGACAUUCUGUCGCCGGACGGCAAGUUUGAGGCGCUGCAGGCCAUGGAGCUGGACGAUGAGCUCAAGAAGCGCGCCCGCACACGGGCUUUGGCCGAUGAGAAGCUUUCUGCCUAUCGCCUCAAUGAAGCGGUGCGUACCGCCAUCCUUCGUAAGUCACACCCAGCGAAGGAGCUCUACCAUCCAGGUGAACUGGUCGCCUUUUGGAGAGAAGCCAAAUACAGGCAAGGCAAGAAAGGGCAGAAAGGGAAGCGCAUUCCAGCUUCCUGGUACAGAGGCACCAUCAUCGGACCUCACAAGGGUGACUCUUCGGUCAAGCAAAGCAACUACUGGGUCGCUUCUGGAGGCCGCUGUGUUCUGGUCGCUCGAGAACAACUUCGACCCGCCUUUGGAACAGAACUUUGGCCCGUGCAUGAGCACAUCCUCCAGGAGUUCCAGGAGAACCCUCCGGACAAGUACUACGACCUGAGAAGCAGAGAUCUGCCACCGGUUCCGGAGGAUGAUGACCUCAAGGAUGGUGAAGACCAGAUCCCCCUCUUCCAAGAUGAUGAUAGUGUCUUCAACGACCUCAUCGACGAGUUCCCUGAAGAGCAGGAGGCAGAGAUGGAGACUGGUGAAGCCGAUCAACAUCCACCACCUCCAGAACCAGAUGGAGCCGCUUCGACAGGUUCCGAUCUGACUACUCUGGCGGCCGGGACUUCAACAAGAGCACCGGGGACGCCAGUGACAGGCAUCAUCAGGCCUCCUUCGUCCCGAGAAGAAUCCCUAGCACCUCCAAAGAGAUUGAAGACCACGCCAAGUGGUUCACAGGCAAGUAAUCCACCAGAAGAAUCUAUGGUCUUAGAACCUGCAACACCACCUGGAGAGCACAACGUGGAGCUGGUGCACACCGAUGACAAGUGGAAAUGGCUUCCCGACCGUGCACUACUUCUCCGACAACACCUUCGACCACGUCGAGCCCUAUACGACCCUGGCCGUGUCCGAGCACUUCCACUUCCUUUGGACAAAUGGAGAACCAAGAGAGUGACAUGGAUGAAAACCGACACCGGCUGGACUAAGCACGUGGAUGAUUGGGUCCAACGUGGAGCCGAGGUCAUGGGCAAGGUCUGGACUGGCGUGACCAUCUUCUCCAUCAUCGACAAGAAGAGCCACGUCAUGGCGAUCCACAACGUGCUGGAGAUGCAGUCCGAGAUCAGCCGCAAAGAGCGCAAAGCACUUGAGAAGGAGCUUCCCUGGAGUGCAAUUCCCGAAGACCAACGGGAGCUCUACCGACAGGCGCUGGUCAAAGAAUGGACAACCUGGCUUCGCUACGAGGCCGUUCGUGUGUUGAGUUGGGACUGCAGCCGACAGGUGGAACUGUCCUUUGAUCCCGCUCGGAUCUUGGCGGCUCGGGUGUGCUACCGUGACAAGCACGCCGCAACGCCCUGGUUAGAGAUCAAACCAAAGGCCGUCUUCCUCUUCUACCAGGACAAGCGACUGGUUGUGGCAGUUGGCGCACACGUGGAUGACCUUCUAUGUGUGGGCGAGCCUGGAGUUGGAGACAAAGUCCUUGAACGUCUUCGAGCCCAGUUUGACUUUGGUGAAUGGAAGGACAUCAGAGAGGAGCCAACUUUGAUUUAUGGCGGCAAGGAGAUUUCCAAGAAGGGCGACAUCAUCACACUGUCGCAAGAAGCUUUCAUCAGGGCUUUGACAUUGACACCCGUGCCGAAGUGGAGGACCAUCAUGAAGGACUCGGCACUCAACGCCCAAGAAACCACCGAGCUCAAGAGCGGUGGAGGCUGUUUGCAUUGGCUUGUCGGACAGACACGUCCCGACCUGGCCGCAGGAACAUCCUUGAACAUGGGUGGAAAUCCUACCAUCCAGAACCUCCUCGCCAUCAACAACCUCUUGAAGGAGGCACUGAAAUCAAAGGAUUGGGCACUCCAAUUCCGGCCAUUGGACUUGACAAAAGCCCGCAUCAUUGGCUUCAGCGAUGCAUCAUGGGCGAACACGGACGACUUGAAGUCCCAGGCUGGCUAUUUGGUCUUCAUCACUGGCCCAGAGGUCUUCACCUUGGCCGGCGAUGUGGCGAACCUGGUGGAAUGGAGGUCACACAGGAUCCGUCGCAAGUGCAGAUCUACGCUUGCUGCGGAAACCAUGGGAUUGGACGCUGCCACAGAUGCAGUGCUGUUCACGAGGGAGCUGCUGGCCGAGAUGCUCAUCGAGAGCUACCAGCCGACACAAUCGGGCAGAUUGGCGCCCGAGAUUUUUCCAGCAGCCACGGCCACAGACUGCCGCUCGCUCUACGACCUCCUGGUGAAGGACGGCCCCUUGGGAAGCACUCAGGAGAAGCGCCUGACCUUGGACAUCGGCGCCUUGCGAGAAGCGGCUGAGGAGUUGGAGCCCUCCGGAGAGAACGUCAAGGACGUCUACAAGUGGGUCAAGGAUGUGGUGGCUCGGGCCGUGGCGCUCCACGCCAUCCGCUACAACUUCAACACGGGCGAUGUCUUCGUGCCCAAGAGCUUGUCGCCCUGCCGGCGAUGA